AUGACGGCAAACAAGAUUGAUGAGUUGAUACCAUUUGAAACAUACAAGGAAGUGUUUGAGAAGAACUCCAUCGAAGACUUCCCGGCACUAAGCAAUCUCUACCCGAGCAAUUCUACACCAAAACUCAUAGACCAGGAACUUGUCGGCUUCAUAUUAGGUCUCCCCCUUGGCAAAGAGCAGAUUGGCAAUGAACAGAAAGGCUUUGGAGUCCGUCAUGCUUUUGUUAGAGGUGUUGGCGGCGGUGCGGUACUACCAUCAGAUCAAGCCGAGAUCUAUAUCAAGUUCCCUCGCGAAGGAUGCAGCUAUACCUUCGAAGAGGCUUCAAAAUCCAUUUUUUUUGAUCGGUUUUCCAACGCCAAGGGACGUGAGAAGGGCCUUACAGUCAUUCGUGUUAGCCUCGCAUAUGAAGCCUGCGUCACAUUCAAGGACCUGAUCAAGGCCAAUAAAGGCCACCAGUUCGAAACAGCGUUCAGACAAUCUGAUGAUAACCAUCACAUGACUGCCGUGAUACAGUUCGAGGAGCACGAUUUCAUGUGGCUCGACCAUGUGGCUACUGAGAGGGAAUGGAAGAUAGUCGACCACCCAGAAUUAAAUCCUGCAUUGGAAGCUCAUAAGAUCGAAAAGCACGAGAUUGUCCUCCAAGUCUGCCGGCCAAAGAGAGCGGAUAUGAAUCCUGAUUACAUCGUCAGGGACUUUGCCAGCCGUACUGAAACAGAAUCAACUGAAAAUGUGCCACAGUAUACAGAAUGGAUAACUCGGCUCGCUCGCAGCGUUGCAGUGGAUAAAGCGACCUUUACUGCGUUUGGGGCAAUACUCAACUCUCUUGCCCUGCCUCCUUUUUGGGGACCCUAA